CAGCCGUCGGGCUGCGCUCUCAGUCCGUCCAAACACCGGCCUGUGGGACGCGUCGCCCUCUCUCUCCAUCCGGGAUGCAGACAGACGGCUCUCCGGGGGUCCCGUCCCGCCAGCGGAACGGCUUCGUGGACGUCCUGUACGGGGAGUUCACCGACACGCUGAAAGACGCGCUCCGGUACUCUGUGCGCCUGACGGAGAGCGCGCUGACCGUCCGGAGGAUCUGCUCGUCACCCGGACGGACUGAGGCGGUUUUUAACUUGUCUGACUGUGUCGGCUGCCGGGCUUACAGGGGGGCGGACGACGGGGACGUCGGCGCCUACUUUUCGGCUUAUUUCUACCCGCUGAAGCGGCGCUGGAUGAGCGCCGGAGUGACCCGACAGAGAGUGGAGCAGAGUUUUCGGGUGGCGCUGGUCCAGGAGCCGCUCAUCAACCUGCAGGAGGCGGAGAGGUGGGCUCGGGCCAUCCGGGACGCGUCUGCACAGCAGGCACCGCGGAGACACGGUGCGGUGUACGCAGAGGUGCGACGGCCGUGCAGAGUCAUGGUGCUGGUGAACCCUCACAGCGGGCGUGGCCAGGCUCUCCAGCUGUUCACUGGUCACGUGCAGGGCAUGCUCACGGAGGCUGCUAUUCCCUAUACACUUGUCAUCACAGAGCACCAGAACCACGCUCGGGAGCUGGUGAGGAAGGCCGACCUGUCGCAGUGGGACGCACUGGUCAUCAUGUCUGGAGACGGGCUGCUCUUUGAGGUGAUAAAUGGUCUAAUGGACAGAGAAGACUGGCAAGAAGCCAUACAGACACCUCUGGGUAUUCUACCAGGUGGCUCAGGCAAUGCCCUGGCUGCCUCCAUCCACCACUACUCACAGUCACCUCCGGCAUGGAAUGAGGAGCUUCUUUUGAGCUGCGGCUUCAUGCUGUGCAAAGGUCUAGUCGGCUCAAUGGACUUGGUGUCAAUCCACCUGGCCUCCAGGCAGCGCAUCUUCUCCUUCCUGUCCCUGGCUUGGGGAUUCGUGGCCGAUGUCGACAUUGAGAGUGAAAAGUACCGCCAUGUCGGGGCAAUUCGCUUCCUGAUGGGCACCUUGGUGCGCCUCACCACCCUCAGGGUGUAUCAGGGCAGGCUGGCGUACCUCCCUGUUAAGGAGAUGUCACAAUUUUCAGGAAGGAGAAUCAAGGCAAAUCCGAUGCCCUCGACCCCUCCCCACCCUUCACUCUGCUCCAACCUUCCCUGUCAGCUCAACCCCAGUACCUCCCCGAACCAGAAUUCUCGACACAACAGCACAAACUCCAACCGCAACACCAAUCCCACCAUCCACAGCAAGAGCUUGGAGACCCAAAGCAACAGUAAGACCAGAGAACCAUUGGAUUCUCUCCUGGAUUCUCUGGACCAGCCAGUCCCAGACAGCUGGACUGUGGUUAAGGAGGAGGACUUUGUCUUGGUGUUGGCUGUUUACCAGUCUCACCUGGCAGAGGAUCUAUGGACAGUUCCCGGUGCUUUGGCAGAUGACGGGCUGAUUCAUCUCUUCUACGUGACAGCAGGGAUCUCCCGCCCUGCCCUGCUGCGCCUCUUCCUCGCCAUGGAGAAGGGAGCACAUUUGGCAUGUGGCUGCCCUCACCUGGUGUACGAGAAGGUGAAAGCGCUGCGGCUGGAGCCUGUCUCUCCACAAGGCGUAAUCACUGUGGAUGGAGAAAUGGUGGACUACGGGCCGGUCCAGGCACAGAUUCACCCGGGGCUGGCCAGACUCAUAUGUCUAUGAACCUGGAAUGUCUCCAUGAAUUUGUCUUUGUUGUAACAGCAGCGUUUACUCGAUUGUGUGUGUUUGUGUUUUGUUUUUAGAAGUGCCAAAGACUUUUAUCAGCCUUUGGAAAAUCCUCUAUUUUUUUACAGGGUGUUCAUCCUACUUUUUACAGACUCUGUUCCUGCAUUUCUGUCACUGUUUGAUUCAGGGUCAAAACCAUUGUUGUUUGUUUUUGUUGCUGGCUGGUUCCAGCUUAAAGAUGUGUGUAGGAGGGAGGACACAAAUGUAUGUGUGUGUAUGUGAGUGUGUGUGUCAGAGAGAGAGAGAGAGGCUGUGGUGCACUCUGCUGUCAGACCUCAUGAACGUGACACAUGUGAAGAGAAGCACAUUCGCCCCGCGAGGUUCCGGCAGGCCGACAAUCUUCAAUGUGAGCUCCUCUGAGGAUUUUGGGCCUGACUGUGCUGCCUGUUUCCUGCCUGGCAGUGUCAGUUUUGAGCCUUCAGUAUUAUGGAGAAUCAUCUACAGCUCCCAUCAUAAAACAGCAUCCCCAAGCUGAAACUUGGUUUCACUGCAAACUGAUUAAAGUGCAGGCGAGGCACCGGGAGACCAGGGGCCUCAUGUACAAAGCGACUUUACUCACAAAAAUGUGUACAUUCUUCUUCACGCUAACAUUCCGAUGUAUCAAAAGUGAAAUGACAGUGGAAAUGUGCGGUGCAUCACGCAAAAAUCCUGGCUUGUGUACAUACGUUUCUACUGCUGUUGUUCCACUGUCGACACAUGGAUAUGAUGCUGGGAAACUGUUAAUAGUGUGAAAACAUGAGAUCAUCAGAGUGAUGUGCACACCAGAGACAUACUGAUGAACAAUUAACACACUCUCGUGUUUAGAAUUAUAUAGGUAGACAUAAAAGCAUGUGCAAAGUAAUGCGUAAAAUGGCACAACAGUGGCUGCGUUAGUGCUGUUAGAGGACCUUGCAAAUGGUGCAACCAGUAGAACAUGCAGAUUUAUUUGCAAAUGAUGAUAAUUGGCUCAUAUGCCAAUUUCCUUUACCAAGGCCACUGUCACUGAAGUUGCGCGCAGAACUGCGGGCAGCCCAGGAACGCAAUCAUCUCAGUGUCAUCCAUGUACAUCACAUUCCAACAUUAAAGCAUAAUUUGCAGCGAGAGCCGGUUUCCCUAAUGUAAUCAGAGCUAUUGACUACACACAUAUUGCUAUAAAAGCAACAUCACAUGAUGAAUUUGUUUUUGUUAAUAUGAAACAUUUUCAUUCCAUCAGUGUUCAAACCAUAUGUGAUGUGCAAAUGCAUCUAACUAACAUUGUGGCUAGGUGGCCUGGUUCAACGCAUGACUCAUUCUUCCUGAUUAACAGUGUGGUUGAGACAGCCCAGUCUCACGCUUUGUUUUCAUGCUCCUGUCACAAAAUGAGUGAUAUUUCCAUGAAGCGUUUUUUUUUUUUUUUUUAUUUUGCUAUUAUAACUCUAAAUUCUAUCCAUAACCUCUCCACCACCACCCCACCAACCCCACAUUUCAUGCCCCUGUCUGGCACAUGCGUGAUGAGUAAAUAGUUUAUUCACGUAAUUGUUCUGAACUAAAGCAGCGUGGGCACAUUUGGGCAUGUGUGCAUUCAAAUACAUUUUUUUUAUUAUUAUUUUUGUUUCUUAAUCGUGAAACUAGAGCUUCAUAACAGGGGUGGCCUAGUGGUUAAAGCAUUGGGCUUGAGACCAGAGGAUCCUCGGUUUAAAAAUAACUAAGGGCCCUUGGGCAAGGUCCUUAAUCCCCUAGUUGCUCCCGGUGUGUAGUGAGUA